AUGAGAGCGCUUGCCGCGUCGCGCGCGAAUUAUAGGCUCAUCUCGCAUACCAUACACCAACGGGUUCUCGACGCCGCGUACCUGCCCACCCUCCUUCGGUCCAUCCGCGCCGCCCUCUUUCCCAACAACGCUCCCGGCGUCUCGACCUUGGUGGCCCCCUCCUCCGAUCAGGAGCUGCGUGCCCUGCGCCGCAGGUGCGCUAGCGCGGUUCUAGCCAGAAUCCCGCCGUGGCUGGCUAGGCUCUACCUGGGCGGGCGAGGCCUUGGCCUCCGGUGGCGGUCCGGUCCGGACUCUAGAGUAACAGGAGCAGCAGCAGAAGCUGGGGCUAGCGGGGAUGACACCGCCGCGGCCGGUGGUCCUGGUUCUGGUCCUGGCAGCAGCAGGGAUGCCAACGUCGAGGCGGUCGCCACCGGCACUAGCGACUGCGAUAGUUCAGGUGACGAGAACGGCACAAAGUCGCAGCCUCCUGAAGACGAUGAGGAUCAGCAGCAGAUGCUGUCCGAGAUGGAGGAGGGCAUCCUCGACGUCUUCUCGGACGAAUACUGCAACAAGCACUUUGUGUAUGGCAUGUUGGAGUUGAUCCUGGUGAGACUGAUGCCCGAGCUGGCGGAGAAGGGGGUGGUUGAGAUGUGGGAGGAACGAUUGAGCCUAUGA